AUGGAGAACAUCACAAGAAAAAGAAACAACCUAUCAUGUAAUAAUCCUAAAGAUGCACAUUUUAAAGAUAACGUUUUAAAUAAAAAAGCAGUUUUAUAUUUUGAUGAAGAUAUUGUAUUUGAUGAGUGUAAUAUUUUAAAAGAAGACGAGAAUUUGAAUUUAACAGAGGAAGAAGGACAUGAAGAAUUAGACGAAAAAGGAAAUAAAAAAGUUAGAAAAAGAAAAGAAAGCACACAAGAAAAUAAAAUUGGGAAGAAAGGAAAAAAUAUUAAUAAGGUUAAAAAAGGAGAAAAUAAUGAUGAUAAGGACCAAAGUGAGGAUGAUAAUAAAAGGAAUGAUAAAAAUGUACAACGUAAAAAGAAAAAGGACAUAUCAAAUAAUAAUAAUGAUGAUGAUGAAGAAAAAGAAAAUGAUGAUGAUAAUAUAAAUAUAUAUAAGAAAGGAAAAACAAAUAUAAAAAAUAUGGAUUCAUUUAAUAGUGGUUUGGAUAGCUCAACGAAUAGUUCUGUUAGUGCACGUAUUUAUAGAAGUAAUACCGAGCUAAAAAAAAAAGGUUCAUCACAAAAUAUAAAAGGAAAUAAAAUUAAUAUUGAAAAUUUUACAAAGGAAGAAAAAAUAUUAUUUAAAAAAUGGAUUGAUAUAUUACCCAGUACAAACUUAGAGAUUCAGAAUAUUUUGAACCAUCAAUUACCUUGUUAUAAUAUACUCAAUAAUAUAAAAAGAAUUAAUAAAAUUAAAAGUAUUGCAUAUAAUGAAAAUAAUAAUGAUGAAUUCUUAAAUUCUAUUGAAAAAUCAAAUCUUAUGUUUAGUAAUAUCAAAGUUGCAAAAAGAGAAAAAUAUAUUAUACGAUUUUUAUGUGAAGGCUCAUCAUAUAAUUUAAGUGAAUUGGUAAACAUACUGUAUUAUGUUUUAAAUAAUAAGGAGUUAAUACUUGAAAAUUUUCCACACAAAAAAUUAUCGGAAAAAAAAAAUAAGAAAAAUGAUCUGGCCGUUCACAAAGUACAUUUGGAAAAUAAUAACAAUAAUAAUAAUAAUAAUAUGAUGAUGAUGAUGAAAGAUACCUGUGUUGUACAAGAUGAAGAAAAUAUUAAACAAAUAAACAUUUUAAAUAAAAAUAAUGACAACCAAUUUGAAGUACAUAAUAAUGAUAAUGAUGAUGAUAAAAAUCAAUAUGAAGAAGAUUCAAAUGCACAUCUUACAGAAAAGAAUAUAGAAAUUAACAAGAAUGUAAACACAGAUAAUUUUAAUUUAGAUAAUUUUUCAGAUGAAGGUUAUUAUUCAGAAGGACAAGAUAACCAAUGUAAUUUUCAUAAUGUUACUCCUAUUACCAAAGAAGAUUUAUAUUCUUGUAUACCCAUAUUACUAAGUAGAAAAAAUUUAGGAGAUAAUAUGAAAAAAAUGAAUAUAAGUAAAAAUGAAAAUAAUGAAAAAGAAUGCUUAUGGGUAUGGGAAAAUGAUAAUUAUGAUAUUUUCCCAUCAUAUUAUAAAGAAAUUUUUAAAUAUUUUAAAGAAUUAAGAAGUAACAUGAGCAAAAUAUAUAAAACAUUAAUCAAAUUUAAAAAUUCUAUCCUAUCAAAGGAUCUACCGAAUAUUAUUAAAAUGUCCGAUUUCUUAAACGAAUUAAAGAAAAAACAAUAUUUGGAAUCAGAAAAGAGAUGUAAAAAAAUAUUACUGGAAAAAAAAAAAAUUAUGAAAAAAAAAAUGGAUAUAAAAAAACAAGAAGAAAAGAAAAAAAAGUUUGAUGAAUCAAAAACUGUAGAAGAAAAAAAAAAUAACACACUUAUCAAAUGUGAUAGUAACAAAAUACAAAAUAAAGUGGAUGAUAAUAAAACCAAAAAACAAAAUCUAAUUUUAUCUUGGUUAACAUUCAAAAAAAAUCAAACAGUUAAUACAUUAAAUGAAAAUGAACAUAUGGAACAGUAUAUGAAAUAUCCAAUAGCUAAUGUCUUAAAUUUUAAUGAAUGUAUGAAGGACAAAUUAUUGGAGGUACAAAGUCAACUACCUAUAUUUACAUGUGAUAGAAAGGAUGCAGUGUUUUCUAAUGAAACCUUACAAAAUAAUUCGGAGUAUGAUAAACAACACUUCCUGGAUAGUUAUAUAAAUACUUGUGAAAAUCAUAAAAAGGUGGUCGUCGAUUACUAUAAAGUAUACGUUGAUAAUAAGGAAUUUUAUGAAGAAAUACCAUCUGUGGAUGUUAUUGAUGGAAGUAAAAUUGUUGUGCAGAAUGAAAAGAACGUAAGGUCCAAAAUAUGGGAAGACAACGAAUUUUACUUGAAAUUAAAAAAUGCAGAUUAUAUUAGAAGUUUUUACUUUUAUGACAAUUCUUGGACAAGGCCUUUUAUGUCGCUAUUAGUGCACAAAGUUUUGGAUGACAAUUUGAAUUUAUUGCCCUUUUAUUAUCAUGACGAUAUGGAAUAUGAAAAUGAUACGAAUGAAGAUUAUUAUGAAAAAUUUGAAACGAUUGAUUUAACCACCGAAAAUGAAGAAAAUGAAACAGAAAGUGAUGGAAGUUCUCAAGACAUGUUUAUAGUACCUGAUAAUGAAAUAAAUAGAGAUAUUGAAUUAUCUCCUAUUACAAUACCAACAAGUCAAGAUAUUUAUUUCUUUUCUAUAUUUAAUUGGGAAUGGAACUUUGAGGGAAAUACCAAACAUAAUUAUAACAUUAUUGACAAAAAUGUGUGGAAAGAAUUUAAUUUUAAAUAUAUGGAGAACAUUUAUGGGUGUCAAUAUAUCUCAUGGGGAGUUGACAAUAAUCCGUUCAAGUACAUGUCUGAUAAGAAUGGCCUAAAGAAUACUCUGGACAAUUAUGAUAUUAAGAAAUUAAUCAAACAUUCUCAUGGUAAAAUGACCAAAAAGGAUAUCCUUCUGGAGCAGUUCAAACAAAAAAAUGAGCACUUAACAAAAGCUGACACGGAAAGAAAGUUCAAAAUGUAUUUGGUAUACAAAAAGUGUGAAGACAACAGAAAGAAAUGGAUGGCUUCCGAAGAAGGUGUAAAAUUAUUCAAGAAUGAAGAACUACUAUCCAAAAUAUAUGAUAUAAGAAAGAGGAAAUUAAACGCUAUGUCCCAAAGAAUAGAAGAGGCCAAGAAACAAAAAAAAAUGGAUAAAGAUAAUUUGAAAAAAGAAGAAAAAAUAAAAAAGAAAGAAAAAACUAUUCAAGAAAAAUUGGAGAAAAAAGAAAGUAUGAAAAAGGACGACAAUGCAAAAAUUUAA